AUGUUAUUUCUACACAAGAAACUUGGGAGUUCACAGAAAGACAACCAGGAUGUCCAGCUCGACUUUUUCUUCACCGCCCGAGGCACAGAGAUGCAACGUACACCAUUUGGCAUGUUUCGAUCUUUACUGAAUCAAAUAUUCUUGUACGAUGCGACCCUCCGGUCUCAGGUACGCGAGGCCUAUGAGCACCGAUGCAAUCUGUUUGGGUGGGAAGAAGGUAUUUGGACUUGGCCACAAACGAUGCUUGAAGAACUAUUUGUAGAUACCGUCCUUUCUAGUCGACAACGUGUGACGAUUUUCGUCGAUGCUCUAGAUGAGACUGGAGAUGUCUCUGCUCUACAAAUUGCAUCAUUCUUCCAUCAACUUCUUGACCGGGCAGAGCGAAAGAACGUUGCUAUCCGAAUCUGCAUCUCAUGUCGCCACUAUCCUAUCAUUUGCAGUGCCCAAACCUUGGAGAUACAUAUCGAACACUAUAACGGCAAGGAUAUCGCUACAUACAUUAGGGAUAUACUUGCUCAGAUAGAGGUCGAAGACAGCCUCAGCGAAGAUACGAGACAGGUUCUGAUUAAAAGAUUAACCCAGCAAGCCAAUGGUGUUUUCCAAUGGGUUCGUCUUAUCAUGCCCUUAAUGCGACGGAGAAUAUACGAAGGCGAGACAUAUGAGGACAUUUUUUCCUGGUUACACGAGGUCCCAGACGGCCUAGAAGAUGUGUACAGGUAUAUUUUGAAAGAAGUGAUAGACAUGCGUAACUUGAAGCAAUCUUUUUCGCUGUUCCAAUGGCUAAGUGUAGCCGAACGACCACUGGCUUUGAAGGAAAUACGGUAUGCUUUGGUGGCCGGGGAUGCGCAGAUAACAGGCGCUCUCAAGCCCAUAGAGAAGAUUCACGGUUUUGUUGAAAGCGACAAACGCAUGAAGCUAAGAAUCAAUGUGCUUUCGGGUGGAUUAGCCGAAGUUGUCUCAGGCAAGGAUUCGGCCGAAUUCGUACAGGUAGUGCACCAGUCCGUCAACGAAUUCUUACGUGCAAAAGGGCUGGCUAUGAUGAGUAAUAUGCUCGGAACAAGCAGCCCAGUCCAAAAAAAUGAAGAGAUUUACUUCCAAUCCCACGCAGCUCUCUACCGAACUUGUCUUAUCUAUUUGAUGAUUCAUUUCCUUCGUGGAGGCUUUCCAAGGGAGCUACACGAGCCGAAGAGUGACCUCAUCCGAAACCAUCCAUUACUUGAUUAUGCCACCCACAACGUGUUUGUCCAUGCAGAAAAGGCUGCUCACUGCCGUGGACUGAGACCGCUUGACGAAGAAGAUAUUCUAUCCAAAGUGGUAACGCAUUGGGUACAAUUAUACCAGUCCCUCGACGUUUUUAACCCAUUGUGCCCACCCUCGGGUGCUAGGUUGAUUCACAUAGCCGCAGCCGCAAAUCUCGUUGAUAUCUUGGAGCGGGUGUCCUUGGACGAUAGUGAAUGUGCGAUGUCUGACAAAUUUGGAAAUACAGCCUUUCAUUUCGCCGCGCGAUGCGGCCACAUAACGGCGGGAACAAUUCUAUUGCACAAAGGAAACGACUUCAAGGCAGAAAACAAGCUCAAAAUGACUCCGUUGAUUGUGGCUGCUAGUUACGGGCACAUGGACUUUGUCAAAUGGCUCAUAUGCGAAGGUGUGCAUCUUGAAGACACAAUGGGUGACGCCCACAGUGCUCUUCAAAAUGCUUCCCGCCAGGGGCAUCAGAAUGUUGUUGAGCUUCUGAUUGGAGCCGGGGCCAAUGUCAACGCCCAAGGUGGUGAAUAUGGUAAUGCUUUACAGGCUGCUUGUGCAGGGGGAGGCAAUAGUGAGAUUGUAAAGAUACUCCUCGGUGCUGGCGCUGAUGUCAACGCCCAAGGUGGUCAACACGGUACUGCCUUGCGAGCUGCUUGUGCAGAGGGGAGCAGCAGUGAGAUCGUACAGCUGCUCCUCGACGCUGGUGCCGAUGUCAACGUGCAACAUGAUCAGCACGGCCCUGCCCUGAAUGCCUGUGCUAGGAGCGCCCUAGGCAGCAGAAGGCUUGGCGGUUAUAUCGGCUCCCCGCAUAUCACGGAUCAGGAGAUCGUACGGAUCCUCCUCAGCGCUGGUGCCGAUGUGAACGCUCAGGGUGGUGAAUAUGGGACUGUCCUCCAAACCUAUGCAAACGCGGGGAACUCUCACAUUAUAAAGAUACUUCUCGAUGCUGGUGCCGAUGUAAACGCCCAGGGUGGCAGAUACGGGACUGCCCUACAAGCUGCGGGUAGAGAAACUGGCAAACAAGAGAUUGUCCAGAUGCUCCUCGAGGCUGGCGCCGAUGUCAACAUCCAGGCUGGAUUUUAUGGCACUGCACUGCAAGCCGCCUCUCAAGGAAUUGUGAACUGUAAGAGCGUGCGGAUGCUCCUCGACGCUGGUGCCGAUGUCAACACGAAAGGUGGCUAUUAUGGUACUGCUCUGCAAGCCGCUUGUGCCAAAAACCAUGAUGAUAAGAAUGUUGAGAUGCUCCUCGAUGCUGGCGCUGAUGUCAACGCUCAAGGUGGUCGGUAUGGGUUUGCCUUGCAGGGUGCCUGUCGAUUCCAGGAAACUAGUAGGAUCGCACAGAUACUUCUUCGCGCUGGCGCUGAUGUGAACGCCCAGGGCGGGGAUUACCUAACUGCACUACAGGCUGCCUGUAGAAACAGGCGAGACAAUGGGAUGGUAAAGAUGAUCCUCGACGCUGGUGCUGAUGUUAAUGCUCAGGGUGGGGAAUUUGGAUCAGCCCUUUUGGCAGCUGUUUUUUGUGGGCAUCUUGAUCGGAUAGAAGUUCUUCUUUGGGCUGGGGCAAAUACGUCACUCGUGGAUGGACUUGGACAGACUCCUCUACAUGUCGCAGCCUCAGAGAAUAUGCUCACCAUUCUUCAUCGCUUCCCGGUGUUCCUCUCGUCUAUCAAUGGACGAGACAAGCUUCUACGCUCCCCGAUUCAUCUGGCUAUUUGCCUGGGUCAUAUCGACUUCGCCACGCAUCUCCUCCAAUUUUUCACUGAUCCAUCUCUUCUAGAUGGAUAUGGUAGAAACAUACUGGACUGGGCAGUUGGAAACAAAAGCCUGGUGCGCCAGAUUCGAACCCACCACCCCUCAAUUGUUACGACGCCUAGAGAAAUCCAAGCGCGUGUCGUUCGUCAAUCCAUUAUGGAACUAUCAAAAAUGCUUCGGACCCAGCCCGAUUUCUCAUGGCCACUUAUACAGCAACUGGGUCGAUAUCUUCUGUUCGUCAACAACCUAGACGAUGCUCGAUUUUUACUCCAGCUACAUUUGAGCCAGAGAGGUUCUCCCGCGGGUGCUAGCUUCACAAUUUACUGUGCCAUUUGUAAUGAUAACGUCGAUCAAUCUCGCUUUGUCUGCAGAGAAUGCGCUCAUAUGGAUCUAUGUUCAUACUGCGUGGAGAAUGAAGAGUUCCACAGUCGAUUACACCCAAACCAAGCGCACAUCACUUUCGAAUUACCUGAGGUCCAAGGAGCAGGGCCUCAGCUCGCGGAGCUGGAAUUAGCGACUUAUAGGAAAACUCUUGAUAGGCUUUCCACGGAGGGGCCAUCGAAUCAUUCGGCGGCCAAUCUGUUUUUUCACGUCACGCCACCCACAAUGAUCGAUGUACUUCCAAGGGCACUUUUGGGAUCGAUUCCGAUAUUCUGUGUUCUCCUUGUUGGAAUUUUAGCAGUUUUGUGGGGGCAUUGGAUCACCCAGGCUUCGACAAUGUACUAG